AUGUUGCAGCCAACUUUAGUCAAGAUAUUCCUGAUCAUCGCGGUGGCAUCUCAGCCGCUGUCCGCUGCGAAACACUGGAAACGUGCCCCAGUUCAUGGGGCAUUCAACGUGGAUGUCUAUGCGUAUAAUAAACCAGUGGUCAACCUCGUGGGUCAACAAGAAACUCAGUCAGGUCAGGCGUUGCCCAUGGUCGAACUGUUGAAGCAACUCUCGCAUAGCAGUCGCCGUGAAAUAUCUAUGCAAAAAUCACAUUACCGAAAUCUCGACACCGAUAAUUACAUGGCACGUAACCAAGGUGUUGCCGCACAAAAACAAUCAAGUGAGAAUCUUAGAGCAAGUGCAACCAACUUGGCCAUAAACAGACAAUUAGCGGAGCUGCAAAUGAAUUUCAGUUUGAAAAACUCGCACGCAAUGCGAAAUUUAUAUUCGCACGAGUUUUAUGUGCAAAACAUGGGCAAAAAGAAAAUUGUGCUACUUAACACGCUGAGCAAUUUCACCAGUUCUGGCCAGGAUCGUAAACCAAACAACACUGAACUUAUGAGCGAGCCAUUGAAAUUGAAAUUGGCAUUGCCAGAAAUGGAGGACAAAAAGGAAGAGGAAGAGGAGGAGGAGGAGGAAAUGGAAGAGACAACAACACCAAUAGUGUUAGAAAGGGAAUCAAUGGAAAAUUGGAGUGCACUGGAGUUGCCACCCAAAAUCGAAGAGUCUGCAGCAAUUAGCACAUUGCAGCAAAUGGAAAGAAAUGGGGAGACAACAACUGAAGAGCUGACGCAUAAGAGCCAAGUUAGUGAGCAGCUAACUGAUGGCACUGAUGACAACAAUCAUGGCUCAAAGCAGGCGAACAUUAUGACGUCUAUCGAGGCGUCUAAUGCAGCUAAUGGUGAUGAGACGGACAGAGGGAAAGAGAUGGAAAUGGAGGCAGAGAAGGAAGCUGAUGUUGUCAAGAAGAACGACAGUCGGCAUGACAAUGAUGGACAAGUUGCCACCAUGCCACAAUCAGUUGCAGUUGCCGACGGAGUUGCAGUUGCAACAGAUAAGCCUCUGACUGUUGCAAAGUCCAAGCGAAAGCGAACAAAAACAAAGAGACCCAAUGAAAUUGAUACAAAGUCAAACUCAACAUGGAAACCGACUCCGACUCCGACUUCGACUCCGAGUUCUGGAGUUACGACAGCAAAUGUCAAGGCGCCAGUGAAAUCACUACCGGAAAUCACUACCGACCAAAAGGGAAAGGGCAAGGGCAAGGGAAAAGGGAAAGGAAAGGGAAAGGUCAAGCAUAAGGGUACAAAACAUGAGCAGGAAAUCGAAACUACGACAAAUUGGUGGCAUAUACUACCAUAUGCGGAAAUUAGAAAAUUUUUGAAUACGAUUUAUGAUAGCAUCACCGAGGAAGACGACGAACGUCGUCGUCAUCGUCAUCGUCGUGCCCAGCGGAUAUGA